CCUGUGAGGGCGAGCGUGUGUGUGUGUGUGAGAGAGAGAGGGACGCAGGCUAAUCUCUCCCUCCCGGACACGUCUCUGUCCGCGGGAAACACUCAUGACCGGGCGGAUUUAACCCCGGAGGACACCCGGCGAUCCCCGCAGGCCCGAUCGCAGAUCUCGGCUCCCCCCCUUCCCUCCCUCCCCCCACUGGGCUGGUUGCCAUGGAGAGCUCAUCGGUAGCGUCAGCGUCGUCAGAGGCGGGAAGCACGCGCUCGCAGGAGAUUGAGGAGCUGGAGCGCUUCAUCGACAGCUAUGUGCUCGAGUACCAGGUGCAGGGACUCCUGAGUGACAAAAACGAAACCGAGCAGGAUGUGGACAAGACCCCAUCCCAUACCUCACAGUGGACAGAAGACUGCAGUGAUAAGAUUGACGGGAGCUGGUCGUCCUCACGGGGAAGGGGCUCAUCCAAACCAGAUGAAUGGGAGCACAGCAGUAACGGCAGCACCGGUUCUAGACCCAGUUCAGGUUCUCGACCCGGUUCUGGUUCUAGAUCAGGCAGCAGAGGACGAAACAACCAGUUCAGAGCCCCAGCAAAGAAUGGAAACAGAGAUUGUUCUUUCGACGUUCUGGGGACGGACAUUUGGGCUGCAAACCUGGACUGUCAUGGAGGUGCUACAUGGGACAUGCAACCGGAGAAACUGGAUUUCUCACAGUUUCACAGAAGGCCGUACAGAGGGACACCAAAACACCUCCCGCACAUCGACAGAGAAGGGAUGAUAAAGGGCAAAUUUGACGAUGAUGAUGGUAUUGACCUGGACAACAUGGAGAAAUUCCUGCCUAGCCUGCCGGUUUUUCCUCCUCUGCCUAACGAAGCUGAGAUCGCACACACGAAGAAACUGUUUCGUCGCCGCAGAAAUGACCGCCGCCGAUCCGAUCCGCCCCAGGAACAGUUGACGGUGCUGCUGCCAGCCGAGGGGAAGCGGCAAGUGUCCAGGAGACAGCAGCGCCUACCUGGAGGAGGUGGAGGAGGGGCUGCUGGGAAAUCCCAGAAUCCUCAGCAGCAGCAACAGCAGGGAUUGCAGCAACAGCAGAUCAAUCAGACGCAGCAGCCCAACGCAGACCACCAAUCAGGUGCCGGCACUAAACACGGGGGGCGGGGUUACCAGGGGCAGCAGAACCAGGGUGGGCGGCAGGGCGGCCCGCAUCACGGCUACAGCCAGAACCGCCGCUGGCAUCAGCAUCCCAAACACCAGACGAACAGUUUCAAUCAGGGGCCCUCGGGGGCCGACAGGGGCCUCACACGCAAUACCAAAGAGACAGAGAAUGUAAAACACGAGGAGCCGGAGCCCCACAUGGAGAAAGGAGCGAAGGAUGAGCCUGCGAAAGAGGAGAGAAAGAAAGAAGACAAGGAGGAGAAGACAGAGAGCGGGAAGAUCUGCUUACUGCAGUCGUCAAAAGAGAGACUGAGGAGGAGAUUGAAAGAGAAGGAGGAUGUUCCCGUGGCAUUGGCCGGACCUCAGCGGAACCGAAUGGACAGAUUGUUAGAGAUUCUGAACAGCAUGAGGAAUAACAGCAGUGGCGUGGAGAAUCAGCUCACAACGUUCAUGGAGGAAGCGCAGAACUCGGCCGACUCGGAGGAAACACUAAACGAGAUCGUCCACACUAUUUAUCGCAAAGCAGUCAGCGACCGAAGUUUUGCGGCCACGGCGGCCAAACUCUGCGACAAGAUGGCUCUGUUCAUGGUGGAAGGAACCAAAUUCCGCUCUCUGUUACUCAACAUGUUACAGAGGGACUUCACGCGGCGUGAGGAGCUGCAGCAGACCGAUGUGGAGUGCUGGUUGGGCUUCAUCACGUUUCUGUGCGAAGUGUUCGGCACCAUGAGGAGCAGCGCUGGAGAGCCGUUCAGAGUGCUGGUCUGCCCCAUAUACUCCUGCCUGAGAGAGCUGCUGGAGUCUCCGGAGGUGAAGGAGGACGCUGUGCUCUGCUGUUCUAUGGAGCUCCAGAGCACCGGUCGGUUACUGGAGGAGCAGCUUCCCGAAAUGAUGACGGAGCUGCUGGCGGCCGUGCGGGACAAGAUGUUGUGUCCGUCUGAGUCUCAGCUGACGCGCUCGCUCCUGAUGGAGGUCAUCGAGCUCCACGCUCACCACUGGAGCCCGCUGGAGGCGCUGACCACGGCCUACUACAACAGAACCAUCCAGAAGCUCACGGCGUGACGCACACGCGCCGCUGGAGGCCCUGACCACCGAGAACCGCAACACCACCAUCCACAAACUCAUCAGGAGACACGCAAAUGAAACACUAGAGGCCACGGACACACUACUACACACACAGCGUUCUGUAAUAGGAAGAUUAAGCAUGGAUGGAUGAGACGUGAGGCAUUAUGGGACAUGGGGUUGGCCCAGGGGUCAGAGGUCAGAGGGUAAAAUAUGCAGAUUGACAUGAAUAUGUAUAUGUGCACACUUCACAUCUGCAUAUUCAUGAGCUGAACCAGACAUACAGACACGAAACCAGACAGUCGUUAGACGCGCACGUGCAGACGCCAGUCACUGUCUGUCACGCUCUCCACACAAAACCUCAACAGAAAGAGAGCGUAAAGGAAAACUAAACAGAAAUGUACAAAAUUUAAACAAAAAAUACAUUUUGCUUAAAAAAAUGAACCCUAUUUUUAAUCUUUUUUUAUUCGUCAUUAUACUGUAUUUCACAUUCCAAACCCUUGCCCCAAAACAUUUUUUUAUCAUGUCGCAUAAUGCAUUUCAGUAAGGCUUUAUUAUAUUUUUAAUUAAUGGUAAUAAUUUUAAGAAUUAGAAUACGUUUUUUAUAUAUAUAUAUAUAUAUAUAUAUUUUUUUUUUUUUUUUAUUGCAUCAGUUGAGCACAUUUCCACCUCAAAAUCUGUCAUGAUUUUUUGUUUGCAUUUAAGUAAUAACAAUUUUGAUAAUUAAAUUGUAUUAAUACAUCAUUAAUUUUUGUAUUAAAGUAAUAUUCAUUUUGAGAUUAUUCUUUUAUUAUUAUUAUUAUUUAUUUUAUUUUUUUUGAAAAUUGGGGAUACAAAUGUGCUUAAUAUUCAUGAAAAUUGUCACAGUGCAGCAAUUCUUAUUGUUCCUGAAAAUAGGUUUCAUUUUAUUAAGCAAAAAAAUAAAAUUCCUAUUUUUAUUUAUUUAAUUUUUGGCAUUAUUUUCAUAAUAGUUAACAAAAUAAAACAUUUUAAAUAUUUUUUUUAAAAAAUCAUGCAUUUAAAAAAAAAGGUUUUAGGAACUAAAACUUUUUUUUUUUAAUGCAUGAUUUUCUUUAAUUUUUUUUUUUUUAAUUAAGUUUGUGGGGGUUAUUGUAGGUAAGUGCUUAAUAUUGACAAAAAUAAUGCCAAUAUGCACAAAGUCUUAAUGCUCCUAAAAAUAGGCUUCAUUUUCUUUAAGCAAAAUCAAAAUUCCCUAUUCUUUAAGAUAUUCUCCGACUGUAUUCACUGAAUUGUGAGUCCCAGAGACCGAACGAGCUCUCGCGUCUUUUCUUUGGCCCGGGGGCUGCGCUUCAUCCAUCCGUCCCGUUCGGCCCCCCGGGCGUCAAAAGCGUGCCGCCGAGCGACAGGGGGCGUCCAGCUGGGGUCACGCUGACUCUACAGAAGCGAGCCUUUCUUUUGUCACACACACGGCAGAUGGAAGACACACUUUAGCUUGUGUGUGUGAGGACACAUUUAACAUGAAGUGGUCAGGUUCUUCACGAGCAUCAUUCGGAUCGCUUGAGUUUCCAAUUCCCGUUCCGUCUCGGGCCGCGUCCCUGUUUAUAAUGUGUUAUAGUGUCCUUAAUAUUAUGCAUUAUUGUUAUUAUUAUUAUUAUUAUUACUCUUUCUUUCUCUCAAAGUCGCGUUUUUUACAAACAACGUAUAAAUGUAUGUGUAAUAGGCUUCGUUUGUGAAAUGCAAGCAGAAGGAAUCAUUCAUAACGUCAUGUCGUUGAAUGAUUCACCUACUCGUUUUUCACAAGUGAGGUUUGUAUGUUUUUAGUCGUAGAUCUGUUGCACAGGAUUACUUUCGUUUUGCACUGUUUUAAGGCGAUUGCUUUAAAAAAUCAAGAGGAAGAAGAAGUAUGUAAAAAGUGACAUGGGUUGUGGAGGAUUUCGAAUGUUUCGAACACUUUUUGCUAGAAUGAUUCGUAGAAUCAGUUUUUUUUGGGAGAAAAUAGUGGCCUUCGAAACCCCUGCGAGUUUAGCUGAUAGAAAGGCCUGUGCAGCGAAGACCGUUUUCGUUUUAUCGCCCUGCGACGUUCAGCUUCCUAAAUAGACAACGUGAGAUGUUGAAAAACAAAAAAUCGAGCAUGAAUCGAAAUGAAAUUAAACAACAAUGGCUAUCGAGUAUAUAGGCCGUUUUGCCGUGGUCGUUUUUUGCAAGUCGUUCUAUUUAAAAUGAUUUACUUCUAACUAAAUUUGUGUGCCGAGGACGGUGGUCGAAUCUUUUAACGGUAUAUCUAGCUAUUACGUGUCGAUUUCUCUGGCUUUGACGACUGUGUGCAUUCAUAUUGAUUUAACACAAGCCAGUCAUCUAGUUAUAAAUAAGCUACAGUACAUGUAAUCUCGUAAACGGCGUAUGAAUAUGAAUUUUAGACCGUGAGGAGGAACGUAGGAAGUGUUUUUGAACUUUUUUUGCAUAGUCGGAGGCCUCCAGCUUUAUUUAGGGGAGGAAACGCACGCAGAACCUCGUGGUUUGCCGGCCGGUUUGGGGUUUGUGUAUUUUCUGUCUUGCAUCAAGAAUCCACAUGAAAAGACAAGCACACGAGGGUUGAAUCUGACUCAUAUUUCACGCUUAAUUUUAAAGGAAAAAAUAUUGAAAUAUUUUCCAUGAAGGAAAAUGACUUUUUCCUCAUGCAAAAUAUGAUUUCACAAUUUUUUCUUGAAUUUAUUUUGAGUGAUUUUGAGUGAAUAGCUGACGCUCUGUGUGUGUUUGUCUUUCAAACAUGAUUUCAAUUGUUGUUUUUGUAUUUUAGAGUUUCAUUUGAUUUGCUCUCAGCAUCAUCAGGGUUUGUUUUUAGGCUCCGCCCCAUUCGAGCAGCAGGCAUCAUGUGACCUUUGACUUCUUCAGUGUUGCGACCCACCAGACUAUUGAAUGCAGAUCAUCUUCAUUUGCAUCUUAUUGACAUGCAAAGCAGAUGUGGCAACCUUGUCAGCUGACCAAACUGUAGAUCUGGGCUCAUUCAAAGAUGUCAGCGAUUGUUUUGUUUUUUAUGCAACCGAAAAUAAACUGAGAAGGGGUGUAAAAUGAA